AUGCGGAAAGAAUACGUUGUAAUGGGCCUCCACUGCGUAUUGUUGUUCGCAUAUUUCGCCGCGGCUGAGGUCUGGGCGCAGUACGAGAAAUGGACGCCAAGCUAUCACUGGACGGAGGAAAUGACCAUAAAAAACCCGGAAAACAACCCUGCCUUCAACCACCCAGAUCUUGGGUCUCUGCAAGAUGCAUGGCAGGUCCUAGAAGAAACAUCAAAUGAGACGUAUUUUUUGUUGUUUCGCAGCAGCAUUCCCCUUGAUCAGAAAUGUUUCUCCACAACAGCAAAUAUCACAGACAAAACGAACAAAACCGCAAAUUACACUAUAAUGAGUUACGAUACGAAAGAAAAGAAAUACGAGAAUAUCACGCUACAAGUGAAAGCUCUGACUCAAACUGACUACCCGCUUGAAAACGUUAUAAGGGCAAACUUCGAAGGAAAACUCCCAAAUGCUACUCCGGUUCCCCCGGGAAGGUACACGUACGCUGAGUGUGGUAACACCACCUGUUUUUCCAGUGGUACUUCCUUUCCUGAUAAAGGAAAUGCACGAGAGUUUGGUGGUUUUUUAGAGAAUGCUCUAGACGAGUUGUUCUACAUUCCGGAAAAUGCUGACGAUUUUGACAUGUAUGUCGUAUACAACGAGCCGCAAUGUUAUAUCCUUAGGAAUCCCGGAGCCUCAGGAGGAUGCGACUUGUGGCUGCGAAAAACCGAGUUGAAAAAAAUAGUGGAUGACCUGGAAGAUGAGAUCAUAAAAAAAGAAGAGGAACUCUAUAAAAAUCAUGUAAAGAAAAUAUUGGGAAUCUAUGAAGACUGCACUCCGACAGAUAAACAAAAAGCAGGCCUAAGACUUUACGUAGACGAUGACAUUAGAGUAUGGUUUCAAGACAUCGUAUGGAAACGGAUUUCCCUCGACUGCGUUCUCGCCUUCAUGAUAACCUGUGGAGAACCAUUAUAUGAAGUUUACAAUCCGAUAACCUGUAAUACCUCACUAACAGGGCAAUAA